UUUUUUAAAACUCUUAUUUUAAUUUAGACCUAGUCUAGGUCUAGUUCACCUAACUUUUUAUCUCAAACCUAAUAAACUCUAUUAGUUUACAUUAUUUUGACUUUGAAUAGACUAGUUUAACUUAAGGCACUUAAGGUUGAUUAAAUAUCUAUGUAUCUGAAGCAUUUCUGCAGCGUUUUAUUUUCUCAAAAUGUUAGACAACAUUGUUAUCGUAAAGAUACUCUUCGGCUUCUGUGCACCACAAUGGCAUCAGAGAGCUCUGUUGUCACUAGAGAUGAAAUGCAUGAUUUCAUUAUUAGGUGUAUGGAGAAAGUGGGCACUAAGAGAGAGCAUGCUCAAGCCCUAGCUGAUCUUCUUGUUGCUGCUGACUAUAGAGGUCACUAUAGUCAUGGGCUUAACCGGCUUGAUAUGUAUGUGAAAGACAUCAAGGCUAAAAUGUGCGUGAGUGAUAAGGAGCCAGAGAUAGUUAAAGAAACUGCAGCCACUGCAUUGGUAAAUGGCAACAAUCUCUUGGGUCCUGUUGUGGGUAAAUUUUGCAUUGAUGUUGCAAUAAAGAAAGCUAAAGAAGCUGGUAUUGGAUGGGUUUCUGCCUAUGGUUCUAACCAUUUUGGUAUUGCUGGUUGGUAUGCCAUUAGGGCUAUGGAGCAAGGCUUAAUUGGAAUGGCAUUUACAAAUACUUCGCCUUUGAUGGUACCAACAAGAGCAAGAAAACCUAUUCUAGGCACCAACCCGAUUUCAUGUGCAGCUCCUGCCAAUAAUGGGGAUAGCUUUGUUCUUGACAUGGCCACAACUGCUGUCGCUUUGGGAAAACUGGAAAUUAAUGAAAGAAAAGGACUUGAAAUACCUUUAGGCUGGGGUUGUGAUGUCAAUGGGAAGGCUACAAAAAAUCCUUCUGAAGCAACUGGAUUGAUGCCUCUGGGUGGUACAGAAGAAUGUAGUGGCUACAAGGGUUAUGGCUUAUCUAUGAUGGUGGAAGUCUUUUGCGGAAUCCUAGCUGGUGCUCAGUUUGGUAGUAACAUUAGAAAAUGGAAGACCACAGAUAGGAUAGCUGACCUGGGUCAAUGUUUUGUAGCAAUAGAUCCAAAUGCAUUUGCCCCAGGAUUUACAGACAGGAUAUCAGAGUUAAAUGCCACUCUAAGAAAUCAAGAACCAGCAGCAGGUGAAGAGGAAGUUCUAGUACCAGGUGAUCCAGAGAGAAAACAUAUGGACAAGUGCAAUGCAUUGGGGGGAAUACCUUAUCAUACAAACCAGAUUACUUAUGCUAAUAAUCUUGCAUCUGAACUAGGCAUCCAACCUUUGAAAACAUUGAAUUAGUCGAGCAGCUGCAUUUAAUUCAGUGAAAAGAAUGUUUUCUAUCACCCUUGUUUUGUGAUGUAAUCAUCUUAACCAGUAUAAACAUGAGUUUAUUUCAAGUUUAUGUUAUUAAUGCUAAACACUUUUUGUAAUUUUAUUUGCAAUAUAUACCUUUACAUUGGAUAUGAAUUUGCGAAAGCCAUGAAAUUGCCAUGAUUCCCUUAUGUAUAUAAACAAAAAAAUGUUUAUCAUGAACAUUUUUUUAAGCUGUGAUGUGAAGCAUAAGGCAUAUUAUAAAUAUAUUUUGCUUUUACUUUGAGAUUUACAUUAAAUGCAAUAUACAAUAAAGAUUAUUUAGAACUAUAA